UUUGAGGGCCCAUAAUGCACCGCGCGCGCGUUCCCGAAGUCGGGGCAGUGAUUAUGAAGUGCUGCGCGAUGGCUGCGCGAGCUGAGCCGCGGCUCCGUUACUAUGCGCCUCAGUAGGACGGAGAGAGGAGCCCGACCGGACCCGCCUCAGGAUGAGCACCGGAUUCAGCUCGAGCGCCUGCUGCCGGUUCGCGGAUUACUUCGUCAUCUGCGGGCUGGACACGGACAGCGGGCUCGAGCCGGACGAGCUCUCCGCUUUAUGCCAGUAUAUACAGGCUACUAAAUUCAGAGAUGGUGCCGGAGGAAAUUUGGCGAGUGCACGUGAAGGUGAGAAUUUUGAGCAGAGUCCACUGCGGAGAACCUUUAAAUCCAAAGUUCUAGCGCACUAUCCUGAGAAUGUGGAGUGGAACCCGUUUGACCAGGAUGCGGUGGGCAUGCUCUGCAUGCCCAAGGGCCUGUCCUUCCGCACUCAGGCGGACUCACGCGAGCCCCAGUUCCACUCCUUCAUCAUCACGCGAGAGGACGGCUCCCGCACCUACGGCUUCGCCCUCACCUUUUUCGAGGAGGUGACCAGCAAACAGAUCUGCAGCGCCAUGCAGACACUGUACCACAUGCACAACGCUGAGCAGUACGACAUCCUGCACACGCCGGGAACCGAGGAGCCGCGGACUUCGCACGGCGCCCCUUUGCAUGGCGCCCAGCUGCACGCCGGCCCCCUGCACAGCGCCCAGCUCCACGCCGCUCCCUCCAUCUCCCGUCUGCAGCGCUUUAACUCCUACGACAUCAGCCGCGACACGCUCUACGUGUCCAAGUGCAUCUGCCUGAUCACACCCAUGGCCUUCGCCCAGGCCUGCAGGAAGGUCCUGGAGCAGCUGCACCGUGCCGUCACCUCGCCGCAGCCGCCACCACUGCCGCUGGAGAGCUACGUCUACAACUUCCUGUACGAGGUGCCGCUGCCGCCCUCCGGCCGCUCGCUGAAGUUCUCCGGUGUGUACGGACCCGUGGUGUGUCAGAGGCCCAGCACCUCCGAACUGCCGCUCUUCGACUUCCACAUGCGGGAGAUGUUCGAGCUGCUGGGCGUGGAGAACGUGUUGCAGCUCUUCACCUGUGCCCUGCUGGAGAUCCAGAUCCUGCUCUACUCCCAACAUUACCAGCGGCUGAUGACCGUGGCUGAGAGCAUCACGGCCCUGAUGUUCCCGUUUCAGUGGCAGCAUGUGUACGUGCCCAUCCUGCCCGCCUCGCUGCUGCACUUCCUGGACGCGCCCGUGCCCUACCUCAUGGGCCUUCACUCCAACGGCCAGGACGACCGCACCAAGCUGGAGCUGCCUCAGGAGGCCAAUCUUUGCUUUGUGGACAUUGACAACCACUUCAUCGAGCUUCCAGAAGACCUGCCCCAGUUCCCCAACAAGCUGGAGUUCAUCCAGGAGAUUUCUGAGGUCCUGAUGGGGUUCGGGGUGUCUCCAGAAGGGAACGUGCACUGUACCGAGGGUCCCGCCAAACUGAAGACGUUCAGAUCAGCAGACAUGGCCUCCGACAAGCGAAACGGUAACCUGGCCGGCUCCCCCCUCAACUCCUACCUGCUGAAAGAGAACCAGACCAUCGCCCGCCUGCAGGCCCUGGUGAAGAGGACCGGAGUCAGCCUGGAGAAGCUGGAUGUGAAGGAGAAUGCGAGCAGUAAUAAGGAUCUGAAGGUGCAGUGUGAUGAGGAGGAGCUGAAGAUGCACCAGCUGAACAUCCAUGUGAGGGAGGUCUUCGCUAACCGCUUCACGCAGAUGUUCGCCGACUACGAGGUCUUCGUCAUCCAGCCCAGCCAGGACAAAGAGUCCUGGUUCAGCAAUCGUGACCAGAUGCAGAACUUUGACAAGGCCUCCUUCCUGUCUGACCAGCCCGAGCCUUACCUGCCCUUCCUCUCCCGCUUCCUGGAGACGCAGAUGUUCGCCUCCUUCAUCGACAGUAAGAUCCUGUACCACGAUGACGAGGACAAAGAGCACACGCUGCGAGUGUUCGACUCCCGCGUGGACAAGAUCCGGCUGCUGAACGUCCGGACGCCAACACUGCGCACCUCCAUGUACCAGAAGUGCACCAACAUAGAUGAAGCAGAGAAAGCCAUAGAGGUGCGGAUGUGUAAGAUCGACCACACGGCUCUCCAUCCGCACCUGCUGGACAUGAAGAUCGGCCAGGGCCGCUACGAACCGGGCUUCUUCCCCAGACUGCAGUCCGACGUGCUGUCCACCGGACCCACCAGUAACAAAUGGGCUAAGCGGAGUGCUCCUGCACAGUGGAGGAGGAGGGACAGACAAAAACAGCACGCUGAGCAUCUUUACCUGGACAACGAUCAGAGAGAGCAUCUGGAGUGUCUGUUUCCUGAGCUCCAGCUGCUUGUGGCUCUGGACUACUACUGGUUCUCUCAGUCCUUCAGGCCGUGUAUAAAGUCUGUGAAGGUGGACGCGAAGUACAUCCAGGAGGCCCGGAACCUCGGCACCACCAUCCGCCAGCCCAAGCUUUCCAACCUGUCUCCAUCAGUCAUCGCUCAGACCAACUGGAAGUUUGUGGAGGGUUUGCUGAAGGAGUGCAGGAAUAAGACUAAGCGCAUGCUGGUGGAGAAGAUGGGCAGGGAGGCGGUGGAGCUGGGCCACGGGGAGGUCAGCAUCACCGGCGUGGAGGAAAACACACUGAUUGCCAGCCUCUGUGACCUACUGGAGAGGAUCUGGAGCCACGGCCUUCAGGUCAAACAGGGAAAAUCAGCCUUGUGGUCGCAUCUGUUACAUUAUCAGGAGAGCAAGGAGAAGAGGGACGGCACACCGGCGAGCUUAGGCCCUCCUGGUAUCAUCCAUGACACAGAGAGGCGGAAGUCAGACGCCGGCUGUGCUAUGCCCCCUCUGAAAAUAUCCCUAAUCCAGGAUAUGAGGCACAUUCAGAACAUCAGUGAGAUUAAGACGGACGUGGGCAAGGCCAGAGCCUGGGUGCGCCUCUCCAUGGAGAAGAAACUGCUGUCCAGACAUCUCAAGCAGCUUCUGUCUGACCACGAGCUCACCAAGAAACUCUAUAAGCGCUAUGCUUUUCUCCGCUGUGAUGAUGAGAAGGAGCAGUUCCUCUAUCACCUGCUGUCUUUCAAUGCCGUCGACUACUUCUGUUUCACCAACGUCUUCACCACAAUCAUGAUUCCGUACCACGUAGUGAUCAUUCCCAGUAAGAAGCUUGGUGGCUCCAUGUUCACAGCUAACCCCUGGGUCUGUGUGGCGGGAGAGCUGGCUGAGACCGGAGUCCUCCAAGUGCCUAAAAACACUCUGGAGAUUACUUUUGAAUGCCAGAACCUGGGCAAACUGACCACAGUCCAGAUGGGCCAUGAUAACUCAGGACUAUAUGCAAAGUGGCUGGUGGAGUUUGUCAUUGUCCGGAAUGGGAUCACAGGGCACACUUACAAGUUCCCAUGCGGCCGCUGGCUGGGAAAGGGGGUAGAUGACGGCAGUUUAGAGCGUAUUUUGGUGGGAGAGCUGGUGACUGCCAGCACAGAGAACGAGGAGAGGAUGUGCCGGACUCCCCCCAUGCAGCAGUCCCCGGGCAUGAUGCGGAGAUUCGUCACUAUCUCACCAAACAGCAAACCAAAGCUGAACACAGGUCAGAUCCAGGAGGGAGUUGGGGAGGCAAUCAAUGGCAUUGUGAAGCACUUUCAUAAGCCUGAGAAAGAGAGGGGGAGUCUGACACUGCUGCUGUGUGGAGAGUACGGUCUGGUCUGGGCAUUGGAGCAGGUGUUCCAGCAUGGCUUCAAGUCACCACGUCUCUUCAAGAAUGUCUUCAUUUGGGAUUUUCUAGAAAAAGCACAGGUCUACUUUGAGAGUGCCGAGCAAAGUCAGGUGACCCAGGACGAGAACUAUCAGACGAGAGUUCGCCAUUUCUGUCGCUUCAUGCGUGCCAUCAGCAGCACAACCCGAAACAUAGGCAAGGAUGGAAAAUUCCAGAUGCUUGUGUGCCUGGGUGCCAGAGAUCACCUGCUGCACCACUGGAUCGCCCUGCUGGCUGACUGUCCAAUCACAGCACAGAUGUACGAGGACACGGCACUACUAAAGGACCAUUCUCUGGUGAACUCUUUGAUCAGAGUGUUACAGACUUUACAGGAAUUCAACAUCACUCUGGAGGCCUCUCUAGUCAAAGGCAUCGGAAUAUGAAAAACUCCCCCACUGUCUUGCAGAAGGACGCAGGUUCUAACCCGGGCAGAUCCGCGGGGACCAUGGACUUUCACUGCUUUUUUACAGACUUGGAGAGACUUGAACAAAAGGACUAAACCUGGCUUACAUUAAAGCUACUGUCAUGUUUGCCAUAUAUUAAGUGCAAUGAGCCUUUUCAAAACGUGUCAUUAUUUUUAUUCUUGACGAUGUUGCUGUUAGACAUUUAAGAUAUGUUUUGUAUUAUGAUCCAUACUUUUCACAAGAGGUUAAAAAACAAACUAAAAAAAAUACAAAAAAAGAAAACACCCACCUGUGCUAUACCGUUUUAUUGAAAGCUCAAUAUUUUCAUUGUUAUUGUGAACUGCUGACAAUGGCUAUAUUUAAAAAAAGGAGAAUGAGGAAGAAAAACUGGUAAUAUAUUUUCAAAGAAGAACAGUAUUAUUUUGAUAUGUUUGUCAAGUUGCUUGCUCUGUGGUCUAUCUAAUCCAUACUGUCACAAUGCAGAGUUUAAAGCAAAUGAUGUAGAAGUAUGCUUUAUAAGUAUAACUCAUGGAAACUUCAUGUUUUAAUUAAAAGAUAAUAAUGAUUAAAUAAAUGAAAAGACAAGAAAUGAGCUCUUGUUUUUAAAAUAUGGGCAGGGGACCUUUCCCCAAGAGUAGUAUGCAAAUCUUCAUUAGCACAUGCUAGAAUGAGGUUAGAAUACGAUCCAGUAGAAUGAAUGAUAGAUGAAAUGAUGCACAAAUGUAUUUUAUCAGACAGGAAUCACGUUCACAUUGCUUUUUAUAUCUUUAUUAAUAAUUAUAAACAAUGGCCAUUAUUGCCCACACAUUUUUAGAGACAGAUUUUUCUUUACACCCUUGUGAAUACCUCUAAACAUUGUAUUCCUCAUAGCUCAGAAGCGAUGCUACAUUCCUCACCGGUUUCAAUUCCUCAGGUCUGCACACUGGCCUUUGCUAUAACAGCCCAGGAACAUUACAUUAAAAAGCAGCGCUGAGUGUUUGUCUGCCUUCACGAAACCCCCAGUUCAGCCCAUCUGUUUCUGCUAUGCAAUACGUACAUGUCCAAAAACCCACCCAUUUAUUUAGAUGAUUUAGAUGAUAUACUGAUGAAAGCAGAAAGAGAUUUGCUCCAACUGUUCUAAAGUGUAGCAUUUAUCUUAGUUUGGAUGACAGGAGCUCAUUAGAGGCGGUCAUUCAUGUGCCAAUACCAUUCAGAUUUGUGGUAGCCUGCGCCACCACUCUAGACACAGUUGGCAUGAGCAUUGUUUGUUGAUGAUUUCUUGAUACAUUUAUAGACAGAACUAUGUAAUGUAGUGUUAAAUAAGUGAGCAACAGUGUACAGUGUAUAAAAUGUAUUAAAAGUGAUAAUUCCA